UAAGAAAAAAUGCGGAAUCACACACAGAAAGCGUUUGCAAGGUGUGUCUUCUCUUUCAAACAAGUUAAGUGCAUCGCUAUUAAUGGCAUAACGUGUGAUAUUAUAAUUAAGUGCGCAAAUGGGGGUAUUCUAAGGGCAACCUGGAUUAAUCAAAACGAAACUUCAAUUUAAACUGUGCAAAUGUUUUGUAAACUUCCUCGGCCGACCGUAACGGAAUUCUUUUUGCGAACGUCCAGUGUUGUUAUUUUGACCCUUCAGGCGGUGAUUUUAGAUUGGUACCUGGUUCAUUACGGCGGAAAUAUACAUGCAUUCGGAUGGAUAGCGGCUGAUAUUGUGGUCAUUGGCAUUUUUUUAUUAUCUUAUGUCUACGCGGAUUUAUAUUUUAAGCAAAAUCAAAUCAAACAAAAUAGCGGAAACAAAGCGCCCAGGAGACAUCGAAGAAGACGGAAGAAAGAAGAAACCCGAACUGAUGAUCCGAACGAGCCAAAAUCAGAGAUAAGCGACGAUCAUGACAGUACCAGAAUAUCUCUACAUCCGUUCACAGACGCGGAAUUUGAUGAUCGCGAGAACGGAGACGCGUCAACAGAUGAACUGGAUGGAUCAGCUCCACCGGAUGCUGUUGAUUGGGAGUACAAAUAUGAACCCACCAUGGCCGAGUUGUUCGAAGAAGCCGAAAAGAGCGACGAAGAGGAUGCUGACAAUCAGAAGCGGACAGCCGUUGCAGAAGUCAACCGGCUGGAUGCGGACAACCACUCAAAAACCUCUACCGCCUCAUCCAUUAGCAUUUUCCCCGAUGUGGCGGAAGCCUAUCACACCCUGCAAGGCCAACUUAAAGUCCGGGAUGACAAGAUUAUUAGCGGUUUAAGCGUCGGCCGUAUCCGACGCAAGUACAAACUGGGUGCGCUGCCAUUAGCUUACAUAAGCUGGGCGGUGUAUGCCGGUGUACUCAUCGCCAAGAUGCAGGUCAUUCUGGUGACCUUCGGUAGCACUUUAAACCCCAACAUGCUCUUCGGAUCCAACAUGCUGGAGCUGGCUUUUGUCAGCACGGCGGGAGUGUUUGCAUUUGUCGUCUCCGGACACAAGCGGAUACCUCGCCAUCAGAAAGGUCAGAAAACUGUGAUUGACUAUAUGAAAGGCCGGGUGCUGAUGGACAUCAUCGAUUCGGUGGAAUUGCUGGAAUACGUUUAUGAAGCCGGCAGUAAAGAAGCUGCGCACAAUAAUAUUGGACCUGCUUUGAAGAUCACGAUACUGGUGCUCAUCUCCAUUCAAAUUUUUCUGCCAAGUGUCGGCUUGUAUCAAUUGAGUGCCACCAAUUUUGCUCAUAAAAAUCCGCCCAUGAUCUGGACCAUGAUUCAUCAGAUGCUGAAUUUGUUUCUGGAAAAUGCUCCGUAUUUGAUUAUUCGCAUUUAUAUGUGGGCAAAUAAUUUGUUUACAGAAAGUACAUUUGUUUUUAUAGCGAAAAAUAUUUUUGAGAUUACUAUGAAUGACUGGGAUUUUAUUGUAUGGUUAAGGAUUUGGAUAUAUUCCAAAUUCUUCCGCAAAAACUAAUGUGUGCAAUAAAAAGG